AUGGAAAUAACUGGUAUAGAAAAUAUAGCUACUACUCUUAAUAUUGAUAAAAAGAAACUAGAAAACAAAUCUCCCGACCAAGUUAAGGGAACAGUUAAAGAAGAAGUAACCAACCUUCGUCAAAAUUUAGAACUGAGGAAAAAAUUAACUAAGAAGAUGGAAGAAAAAAUGAUUGAAGUUGGACUCGAUGACCUUUUAUUAAAUGAUUCCGCGGUAAAAGCAAUUACAGAACAAAUAAAACAAAUGGACUUAAAAGCCCAAAUGGAAGUGCCACCUAAGGACAUUACAAAAAUAGAAGUUGACAGUAAUGGUGAUCCGCAACCAGCCAAUGAAAUAAAAACUUUGUUCUGCGGACACAACCCAGAUUUGAAAGAACUUUCAGUUGAAUAUUCUCCGAAUUUGGAAAAAAUUCUUGCUCUUGGAAGUGACAAACUCAAUAUAAUAAAAGGGUUAGAUAGGUUAGAGAAAGUUACAACAGUGAUAGUCAAGCCAGGUCUAAUUAGACAAGUUAUUGCCGAAAAAGGUGACGAUGGUAAACUUGAUUUAGAUAAGAUAGAGAAAGAAAUAAAAAACUUCACUGACCCGCAUGUUUCUAGGGAAAUCACUGUUGAGGAAGUAACUGGCACCGACGAGGAUGGCGUAACUGGCACCGACGAGGAUGGCGGUGAAAUAAAAAGACACGUAAUCAAAAGAGAAGUAAUAAGAACUUACACGCAAAUAGUUAAUAAUAGUAAAAAUCUAACGGAAAUUAUUGAGGCAACUGAUAAGUCUGAUAAUCCGAAAAAAAUCUUUGAAAAAAUCCUUAACCCUGAGGGAACGGCUAUCGAUAUAGCGGAAUUGAAAAAUAUAGUUAAUGCUGACGGAAAAAUUAAGGAUGCGGGAAUAACUAAUGCUGAGACUCACAAAGAGGUUAUGACUGCUUUCAUAGAAUUAACUGGUAUUAACCCUUUCAAGGAUGCUAAGGAUGGAGAUGGUCUUGAUGCCAAGCAAUUUAAUUUGGAAAGAAUGGCUAAGGUCGGGCGACAUUUAGCCGAUUUAAAGAUAAAUAUUGCGACUGAUGAGGAAAAAGAAUGA